AGUUAAGAAGCUGCAGCCGCAUGUGCUCGAUAUAAAUGUCAUGAAUUUGCUUUAUAUUUAUCAGAAAAGUCUACUUAAUCAAGGGAUUUCCAUUUUUUUCCCUCAUCCCCACCUGUGGCAGGAAUUGAAGAUGUGUCCAGACAACUCAAAGGGAUUCAAUGGAAGCUGCGACCGUAUCAAACUCGGAAACUUGGAUUGAACUCCGACUGAAGUUCAGGUAGAGAGAGGACCGCUGAUCGAACAGUUUUAAGCAUCGACACUUGGUUUGGUGAGAGGAAAAAACGCGAGACGCGUGCGCUUUCCUCUGACCAUGAUCAUGGGCACCAUGCGCUCCUCGCCGUGUGCGUAAGCUGCUGUGGAGGAUUCACACAUUAUGAGACGCCAUGGCAUGGUGUGACCGAGGGGUUCAGACUCUGCUGGCCAUCGCGGGGGCCUUCGCCGCCUUUAGUCUUAUGACCAUCGCCAUCGGCACCGACUACUGGCUUUACUCCCGGGCUUACAUCUGUAACGCCACUAACGCCACCACGGACGAGUCCCAGAUGCAAACCAAGAAAGUCAAAGGCGACCUGACGCACUCCGGGCUGUGGAGGAUCUGCUGUAUCGAAGGUAUCAACAAAGGAAGCUGUUUUCGGAUCAAUCAUUUUCCAGAGGAUAACGACUACGAUACAGACAGCUCAGAGUACAUCUUACGUAUAGUGCGUGCAUCAAGCCUAUUCCCCAUCCUUAGUAACGUUCUGCUGAUGUUGGGUGGCCUGUGUGUUGGGGUUGGACGCGUCUACAACAACAAGAACAACAUCCUGCUCAGCGCUGGCAUUCUGUUUGUGGCUGCAGGCCUGAGCAACAUCAUCGGCAUCAUCGUCUACAUCUCCAGCAACGCCGGAGAUCCCAGUGACAAGAAAGACGAGGACAAGAAGAACCACUACAACUACGGCUGGUCCUUUUACUUUGGCGCCCUCUCCUUCAUCGUGGCCGAAGCAGUGGGCGUCCUCGCGGUCAACAUAUAUAUCGAGAAAAACAAAGAGACACGCUUCCGAGCCCGGCGUGACUUCAUCAAGACCACCUCCUCCUCUUCGCCAUACUCACGCAUCCCAAGUUACCGUUACAGACGAAGGCGCUCACGCUCCAGUUCAAGGUCGAGUGACCCGUCCCGCGACCCCUCUCCAGUGGGGAUGAAGAUCGGUGGAGGAAGUGGUGGAGCAGGAGGAGGAGGAGGAGGGUUGGGGAUGGGUUUGCCAAUGGGGGAUAUAUCUCUGUACGCCCUCAGUAGGGACCCUCUGAAGGGCGGAAGUGCGACUGCAGGGCCCUACAGUCCAGAGAGGGACUCUGGGUUUUUACAAGUCCACAACUGCUUUCAGAAGGAUGUGAAAGAUGGAGUGAACAGGAGGACCACGCCGGUAUGAGGUCAGGAGUGUAUAGCUGUGUAAAACAAUAGGCUUUAUGGAGCACAUUAGAUAUUGUACAGCUGAUGAGAAAGGACAACUCCUCCCCGGGGCUGUUCAGGCAGCGGCAAUGUUGAAAGGUCAGGCCUCAAAAUUGUUUUUCCGUUGCGUCCCUCUGUGACAGAAAAGUGCCAAUCUGUGUUGCAUUUGGAGGAAGAGGGAAGGUGAUAUCAGAACAACUUUUUACGAUAUCUAAAAUGUGACUGCAGACUGUUUGUAGCAACAUUUGAAGAGUUUAAUUCUAAAAUGUGAUACCCACCAUGUGUGAGUGACUUCUCCUCCUCCUCCUGAAAAAUAUCAUAUAUCUUCGGGUAUUCUUUAAAAGAUAAUUGCUUGAUUAAAGAAUUAAGCUUUUAUAGACUUGAUGCUCAAUAUAAUACAGAUUCUGAAUAUUGAACUUCAGGUAAUGAUGUUUUGUAUAGCAUUUUGGAAAAGAACGUAUUUCUUUUAUUCUGAGACAAAAAGAUGUUUGUCUCCAAAGUUGUUUGCUCAAAUGAAGUGAUUCAUGUGAUUGUUUGAGUAUUAUUGUAUUGUAUUUGUUUGUAACUUAACACAACUGGUGCUAACUUAAUCUGUACACCUUUGAUAGUCUUAAGCCUUCUCAACUGCCAUUUAAAUACUCCUACUGUAUCUCAAUAACCUCUCUCUUAAGCUUGUGUGAGUCAGGUGGUAAAUAUGUGUGCUGCGGUAUGUGAAAUGUGUGUUAUUGCUCUGAGACACUGCCACGCUAUGACACGUAUGGAUUUCUGUAGAUAUAUAGCGACAAAAAUAAACAAGGCACACAGUAAUGUCAGUACAUUCCAGUAUGCUGUGUGAUAUAUCGGUGUAAACAUUGUUUGUACAGACUGUGCCGUUUGCUCUCCAUUCGCUCAGGGACGAUGUAUGGACACAAAUGAAUCUUUCUCAAUUUUAGAGAUGUAGAGCUUAUCACAAGAGAGAACAAAUAUGUUUCAGUUGUUUUCCUUAUCUAAGCCAGACAGACUGUUACUGUGUGUAAAAACAGAGGUGAGAUCACGCUGUGUGUGUUGCUGUUAAUUAACAUGUGUCUGUUCUGCCUUUGUGUUAAGAGGGUUUUUGAUAUAUUUGUAGUCUAUGCGGAACUUCUAUUCAAAGUAUUUCUGUAGUCUUAUUGCCCCAUAUCAAUUUGUUGUCAUUAUAAUUUCAAAGGAAUUGAAAGUUUGUGUUACGUGACGUCUUAAAUUUGACAGCUGUCUUUGCAUGACAUUGAAAAAUGGCAUUAUUAUGGCAAUGGAUGGCUACAUCUGUACACAUAUCCAGUUAAUCUCUUGAUCUGUUCGGGGGUUAAAGGGUGAGUUUGGCAUUUUUCAGCUUGGUCCCUGUUUUUACAUGUUUAUGUGUCUAAGUGGCUAAUGGGAACAAUUUUUGAAAUUGGUCCAGUAUUGAGUGAGAGCACUGCAGCCAGCAGCCGUGAAACAGAAUGCAAUGUAACCACUUGGGGGCAAUUAUGCACUGUGAAUUUAUGCUCAAUCACAGUGCUUGUUUUUGCCUCUGACAGGCUCAGAUUAUUAUUCUAAGUGUCUGAGAAUAUUGUUGAAAGGAUUCCUUACAGAGAUAGACCUUUUUGUGAAAGAGUAAGAUCCUUUUUGUUAACCAGAAACAGCCUCAGUUUGCUAUCAUUAAACCCAACAGACCACAUUUAAAUAUAUAGUAAUUUUAGUGAGUAGAGAGCUAGAAUAUUUUCACAUUUAACUGAGUUAAUUAAGGGUUUAUUUCAACCAAACCAGAGUUAGUGAUGUUGGACUAGUGGAAAGACAAAGUAAGAUGGCUUUUGUGAUUUUAUUUUGUUUUUGUCUACUUUUGAUAAAGUGUGUCUUACAUUUUUAAAAUGAUCGUUUAUUUAAAUGGAGUCUGGUGGGUCUGGUGAUGGUGAUUUCAGGGCUGUUUCUCAUUAAAUAAACAGGAUUUUAUCCUUGAUAAAAAGCUUCUAUCUCUGUAGGGUAAUUUCCAUAAUGCUGUUGGACACGUAUAUGAAAAAUCUGAGCUCAUCAGUGGCAUAAACAAGCACAUUUAGAAGAUAUAAACUGACCGUAUGAACAUGCCCUUAGUGUUUAGACUUAGACAUAAAUGGGAAAAUAGGAUCCAGCUAAGUCCAAAUUUAUCCUUUAGUGCAAAAAGUUGUUUUCUUUUUUGUAUGUUAACAAGAAAGUAAUGACAAUAAAAGAAACUGAACAACAGCAACAUGAAACAGAAAAUACAUUUUGUCACAUUACAGUGAAAAAGGAGACACGGGGGGAACAGGACAGAUGACAGUCAUUUUACAUGCAAUAAACAAAUUGUGUUACAUGGUUUGAUUUUGUUGUGCAAGGUUUCUGUGAUUUCGUCUAGAGUGGAGUGUUCUGUUGACAAAUUGAGCCAGUGUUAUAUGAUCGUUUAGCCGCAGUUAAUGCUAUUAGUGUUGUGUGACAUUAAGUGCAGAGAGGUUACCCAGGGGUGACGUGGUUGGACUCAUGGGGAUGCUGAGGCAGAAUAUCUGGGAUAGCUUGCUUUUGACCUCCGACCAGUAAGAUCAAAGCGUGCAGAGUGUGAUGGCAUCUGUUGCAUGUGGACAGUUAGGGCAUUUUGUAGUACCAGAGAAUCCCACGAGGAAGAGUUGUCUUAGCCCUGUGAAGAACCUUUGUUGCAUUAAUUGGAAAGUGUUGGAAAAUGUCUUGUCGCAUUCUACUUUGUCAAUUUUGGGAUUUUUGUGUGUUAAGUUCUGAUAUCAAUGUAGGUACUGAUACAGUGUUUUUGUGAUGAGAAAAAAUAAACAUAUAUAUACAUUUUGGGGGGCCUUCAGUGACUUUAAUUAUGGAUGGGUGUAUCAUUAUGGAAAUACUGAUGUUUAGGUUCUCCCUCUUUCAGCUGGUCAAAGGUCAUGAACAAGCCACCACUGAAUAGGUGCCCCACCCAGGCUGACACCUCCCCUCUGCUUCCAUGCUGUGAAGAACAAAAAUAACCCUACCCCUGAACCUGACCCUGACCCUGACCCCCGGUCAGGACUCUUUCCAUUCAGCCACAUGCUCUGACUUUCAUUACAUCACAUUAAAUACCAGCUAUCCUAAAUAGUGACUGCUGAGGCUCAACUAAUUACACUUAACUUCAGUUUUAGACUUGCUUGUGGUUUAAUGCGAAAAUAUGAACGAAGAAUUGGUCCACUGCGUUUGUUUUUCUCUAUAGAGGAAGUAUUUAGCUAAUGACGCGGGGCUGAUGGGCCUGCUAGGCUCUGCUAUGAAACUGUGUGGCAGACAGUCAGGCAACCACAGGGUGUUAAAGGAAAUCGGCAUCAGCCAACUUAAUGCUUGACUGAACUAACAGGCUCCCAAAUGCUCAUCCAGACUUCAAAAAGCUUGUCUCCUUGUCUCCGAACAAAAGCCGGAGCAAAGCAAGCGUUGUGUGUGUGUGUGUGUGUGUGUGUGUGUGUGUGUGUGUGUGGAGGGUUAGUAAAAGUUCAAAUUACUCAUUCUUGGUAUAGUACAUGCUCGACUGGGUCCCAUGUCAGCUCCAUGGUUUGUUUCCCAGUUGAAUAUUUUUAGCAGCAGUUGGAAUUGGCUUAAUUUGGUCGUUGGUUAGUGAAUCAGUGUCACGGCGGUUGCCAUGCGUACUUAAAUGACAGUGCCAUGAGAGGGCAUGUAGUUUGUGUGAAAUCUCUCUCCCAGCUACUAUUGUCAUUCAAGUCACUGACAUGGACAAGGGGAAGCCUCGAAUUAGAAUUGACUUAUUUUCAUUCUGCGUGUGUCUGAUGUAUCUUUGUCAUGCCAAACCAGUCUGAUGACCUUGUUUUCCAUUCCAGCCCUGAAUUUGAGCAAUUCCUCUUCACCCCUGUCCUCUGUCCAUCACCCAGGCUGUUAAGCCCCAUGCAUUUGAAUGCCAUGGACCCUCACUGGUAUUUUCAUCCACAAUAUAGCUGCGCCUCCACUCCCUCCUGUCGUGUGCCAGCAAAAUGUCUCCUCCAGUAAUUGAGAGGAAAAUGGCAGGGUCACCUCUCCACGCAGUCACAGAAGUAGCCAACGUGCUUGUUAGCAUCGGUACCUUGCUGUGCAGGUCGGAUAAAAUAACGCUUUGGGAUCUCAACUCAGGUUCUGCCUUUGUAACUUGAUUUGCUGGCAUGACAAAUGGUUCAGCACCCUUCAUGGUUCACACUUAAGCUAUGUUUAUACUGAACCUGAUACACCCGACGCCAUAACAAAACAUUUACAGCCAGCAAUGAUUUCUUUAAAAAGCACUUUAACAGCUGUAAUUUUAGUCGAAGAUAUUUUGAAUUUAAUUAUAGGUCAUAUGUCUCCUCUUGUAGGAGGAAUGAUUUGUGCUCAUUGCUGAACAAUAUAAUUACAAGUACAAUUUGCAGGUGUAAGUGUUACAACAAUUCAUUACAAAUCUGGCAUACAUUUGUAUAAAACAGAGCCAUUAACCUGACAUUAGAUUUUCUGUCAUUAAAUAAUGACUUGUUUACCUCAUUUUAAGCCCUCUUGAAGAUAUUUGUGCACACAGAGAUAAGAUCUUCAUCAAACACAGGACAAAAACAACAUAUUUUUCUUUUCUAAAACCACAGUGUCUGACUAGUAUAAUGUCAUUAACUGUCGCCAGUGGUGAGAGCAACAUUGAACACCAUGUUGCUGCUUGGAGAGCCAUUUUAUUCAUUCAUAUGAGGGAAUAACUGUUAAGAUGUUAAUUUAAUAUUUUGAGAUCUUCACACUGUUUAUUUGCACACCAUCUAUUUAGAGGUGACAGGAUGGAUGUUAAAGCCCGAUGUGAUUUCCUCCUGAGUGAUCCCAUCUCCGCAGGCAGCGCCCUCUCCUCCCUUUGAAAAUUUAAAGUGGCUGAGAUUUCUCCCAGCAGGUGGGCUUGAUUCCUCGCUCCCUGUUGAUAUAUUGGUGUCAUACUGUCGAUCCAGGAACCGCAGGUGUCCAUUACCAUUACCAUGACAUCUGUCACUGUGCUAAGACUGGAUUUAGCCGGCAGAAGUUAGAGCUUAACCUUUUUUUAUCCGCUGUGGCACAUGAAAAACAGCAGACCGUCAUGGCUGUAAUUUGCAAUGUUUGCAGAAAUGCAGCAUAUCCGAGAACAAGCAGAAAUCACCUGCUUUAAACCUGUGAAUAUGACCUAAUAAGCUCUUUCAAUACGUUUGACAGGAGGUGAGAAUAAGUCCUCAGGUGACAUGAUGACACAAUGACAAGAUGUCUUCUCCCCAGUAAACAUUAACAAGGUUAAAAAUAUGAGGGCAAUUAAAUAAAUCACUGGUGUGCAUCAGUGUUUUUUUUUUUUUAGAUUGGUUGAAAAAAUCUGCCUUUUUAAAAUGGGUCGGGAUUUGACAGCUAAGCCAUACAUAAUGUGGAAUAUUAUCCAGCAAAGAGAAAUGUUCUCCCCUCAUCCUAAAAUGGCCCUAAAUCAAUACUACCGUACUUCCUUGUUUUAAAGCGGUACAGUGAAGCAGCAGUGUUGUGUGUGUGUUUGGCAAACCUCACCCCAAAAGCUCCUGUACUUUCAGAAAAUACUACCCUCUAAUCAGGGACUUUUUGGGAGGUAAAAAGUAGUCAUUUAGAUCCUGGUCCCAGCAGCCAAAAUGCAAUGAGAUCUUGAUCAUGGGGAAAGUUCCUGGGGCUCAUGAUAUCAGGAGAAUCAGAUGGUUAUAAUGAAGGAUUUCAAAAUGGUGGUGAAAAAAGAAUCAGAAUUUUAAAGUCAUAGCUGUGAGAUUGGUACAGAAAGAUUUUUGGUGUGUUCUUUUAGUUGUUUUAUCUUUAAUUGUGCUUCAUACACCUUCAACCCUCUAUGGUCUGCGUGUCUGUUUCAGCUGAGGGCUUG